AUGUACCUCCAGCUCAUGAUCAUCAACAAGUCCGGUGGCCUCGUUUACAACCAGGACCUGUCGCCCCAAGCGGCCCAGCUCGAUUCGAACGACUGGUUAAGGAUAGGCUCGACGUUCCACAGCCUGCACGAAAUCGCUCGGUCCAUCCCACCGGGCCGGUCGUCGGGCAUCGUCGCCCUCGAAACCAGCAGUUUCGCGCUGCGCUGCCUCGAGACGAUAACAGGUAUUAAAUUCGUCCUCACGGCCGAGCGCGGCACCCAAGUGCUGGAGCCGGUCCUGCGCAUGGUCUACGAGCUCUACAGCGACUACGUCCUCAAGAAUCCGUUCCACGACCUCGAGAUGCCCAUCCGCUGCCGGCUCUUCACGGAGCACGUCACGGAGUUGUUUGAGAGCUUCCACACGACGGGCACGAACGCGAACGCGCGGCACCAGUUCUUCACGCGGCUGCGAUAGCGGCGGCGGCGGCGGCGUCGUUGUGCUGUAAUAAUUAUACCUCUAGUCACAUGCCUGCCGGUGACGUUUCUCCUCCAUUAUUAUUUGCUGUGA